CUAAAGAUGAAAAGAACCAACUGUACAAACAGGUUAAUGAUUACAAGCUUAAGUGUCAUGAUCUAACCAACACAGUUAGCACAUUACAAAAGGAAAAACUAGAGUUACUCACUCAGGUAAGGAAACUCAAAGAAAAAAAUAGCGUCGAGUCUGGAAACUGCCACAGUCAUUACAAACAUGUAGUAGAGAAUCUAAACCUGUAGAGUGCUACUAUUGCCAUCGAGAGGGACACAUCAUUAAGUUUUGUAGGAAACGUAUGGUGGCAGAAAACUGGAAAAGACUAACUUGUGUUGAGGCACGUUCUGCUUAUGGUAGAAAAAUUCAAAACAACAACGCACCCAAGAUGAUCUGGGUACGGAAAACAAGUUGACUGCUAAUUGUGCAGGAUGGUCUUCGAGUGAGCAGGAAGACAAACAAGUGGAUUCUGGACAGCGGCUGCUCACGUGAUAUGAUGGGUAACAAAGAACUGUUCACUAAAUUCAAAGAAGGUAAAGGAGGUAAAGUAUUCUUCGGAGACAAUAACUCAGCAGAAAUCUUAGGGGUCGUUUGCUUGUUGGAUUUGGGUCAUGGAUUUGGUACCCAAAUCCCAAGCUUGAUGGAUUUAACAUAAGUCCAUUGUUUGUUGAAGGGUGCUAAAUCCGUGGGGUCCACAGAUUUGGUCUUUAUUUUGGAACCAAAUCCGUGGACCCCACGGACUUGUAAAUCCCACAUAUUGAUUUGGGAUUUGCAAAUCCUUGAUGGUUAGAUAUUUAUUUAACAAAUCCAUCACAAAUCCAUCAUCAAAUCUAUCAUGCGAACAUUAGACUCUUUAAAUCCAUAAUCCAAUAAAUCCAACAUAAAUCCCAAGGUUUUUAUUGGCCAAAACCCUCAUUUUUCAAAUCCAACAAGCAAACGACCCCUUAGGAAUAGGCAAGUUGGGGUUGGACCUAGUAUUUCAAAUGUCAUGCUAGUUGAUAAUUUAAAACACAAUCUGAUCUCAGUAAACCAAAUUUGCAACUUAGGAAAUAGAGUAAUUUUUGAGUCGGAUAUGUGCUACAUUGAAAAUAAAAUGUCCAAGGAAAUUCUGCUCACCGGAAAAAGAGAAGGUAAAGUAUAUGUGUUUGAUCUUAAUAGUAAAAGGUUGUCUGAAGAACUCUGCUUAGUGUCCUUGAAUAAUAAUGAUAAAUUUGAGUGGCAUAGGAGGUUAGGGCAUGUAAAUAUAGGGAUUCUUUCCAAAUUGGUUAAUUUAGAGUUGGUUAGAGGUCUUCCCAAGAUUAAAAGUAAAAAGGAAUUUUUUUGUGAUGCUUGCGCCAAAGGAAAACAUACCAAGUCAAGUUUUAAAAGCAUCAAUAUGAUCUCUUCUAUUAAACCUCUUGAGCUUCUUCACCUAGAUCUGUUUGGUCCAACAAAUGUGGUAAGUUAUGGAGGGAAGAGUUAUGCUUUCUUUAUAGUAGAUGAUUUUUCACGUUUCACCUGGGUACUUUUCUUGGCUAGUAAGGAUGAAGCGUUUGAAAACUUCAAAAUGCUCACCAAGAAACUAGAGACUGAAAAACAAGGUAAAGUAAUUGGGAUCAGAAGUGAUCACGGAGGUGAGUUUAUUUCUGAUAGUUUUAAUUCUUUUUGUAUAGAUCAGGACAUUCAUCAUAACUUUUCUGCCCCUAGGACUCCGCAGCAAAACGGAGUGGUAGAACGUAAAAACCGGACUAUGAUUGAAAUUGCUAGGACCAUGCUGAAUGACUACAAUCUGCCAAAAUAUUUUUGGGCAGAAGCAGUCAACACUGCUUGCUACAUUAUUAAUAGGGCUUUAGUGAGGUCUGAAAUUAAGAAAACCCCGUAUGAGAUCUGGAAAGGUAGAAAGCCUAAUCUAGGAUACUUCCACCCCUUCGGCUGCAAAUGUUUUGUGCUUAACACAAAGGAUAAUCUAGGUAAGUUUGAUGCCAAGUCCGAUGAGGCAGUAUUUCUUGGUUACUCAAAUGUAAGUAGAGCUUACAGAGUGUUCAAUAAAAGGACCCUCAAAGUUGAGGAGUCCAUAAAUGUUAUUUUUGACGAGUCUGUUAGUGAAAUUUCAGAAGAACUAGAUGAUGAUGAUUUCGGACUUGGAAAAAGCAGUAGCAGUUCAGAUGUGGAGGUUACCGCAAGGCAAGAAGAGGAAGAAGCAAGUAAAAAUAAGGACCAGGCAGAUCCUGAAUCUGAAGAAUUGCAUCCUCCACCUCAUAUAAGCAAACGACAUCCACCCACCUUGGUCAUAGGUAAGCUCAGUGAAGGUAUGGUAACUCGAUCCAAAACUGUGAACAACCGGAAUGCUUUUGUAUCUCUAUUUGAGCCUAAGAAUGUAGACGAGGCUUUAUGUGAUGAAUUUUGGUUAGAAUCCAUGCAUGAUGAGAUGAAUCAGUUUGAAAGAGCCAGGGUUUGGGAUCUUGUUCCCAAACCAGAAGGUGUAAAUGUCAUAGGGACUAAAUGGAUAUAUAAAAACAAAUCAAAUGAUGUAGGUCGCAUAAUUAGAAAUAAAUCUAGGCUUGUUGCUCAAGGUUAUUGCCAAGAAGAAGGGAUUGAUUUUGAAGAGUCUUUUGCCCCCGUGGCAAGACUCGAAGCCAUUAGGAUGCUCUGUGCGUUUGCUAGCUCAAAUGGUUUUAAACUUUUCCAAAUGGAUGUGAAAAGUGCUUUUUUGAAUGGGGACUUGAAAGAAGAUGUUUAUGUGACCCAACCUCCAGGAUUUGAGUAUCCCAAAUACCCAAACCAUGUCUAUAAACUAAACAAGGCUUUGUACGGGCUGAAACAAGCUCCUAGAGCAUGGUACGACAAGCUUAGCAAUGUCGUGAUUAGUAUUAGUGAAAAGCUGUACAGAAGAAUGAUAGGCUCCCUGUUAUACUUAACUGCUAGUCGUCCCAAUAUCAUGUUUGCUGUCUGUGUUUGCGCCCGCUUCCAAAGCUCCCCUAAGGAAAGUCACCUCAUAGCAGUUAAGCGUAUCUUCAGAUACUUGUCUGGCACUGUGUCUUGGGGACUAUGGUACUCUAGUGGGUCAGGAUUAGAUCAAGUAGGAUACAGUGACUCGGACUUUGCCGGAAGCUUAACUGAUCGAAAAAGUACUUCAGGGGCUUGUCACUUUCUAGGCACAUCUCUUGUAUCUUGGUUUAGCAAGAAACAGAACUCUGUAGCCCUCUCAACUGUAGAGGCUGAAUAUGUAGCAACUGGUGCGUGCUGUACUCAGAUUUUGUGGAUCAAAUACCAACUUCUGGAAUAUGGUAUGAAGUUCAGUGAAUUGCCUGUGCUGUGUGAUAACACCAGCGCGAUCAAUAUAGCAAAGAACCCUAUCCAGCACUCAAGAACAAAACAUAUUGACAUUAGGUUUCAUUUCAUUCGUGAAUUAGUGGAAAGCAACAUUAUUCGGCUAGAAUUUAUUCCUACCCAAUUUCAGUGGGCCGAUAUUUUCACGAAACCCCUUGCUGCUGAACCUUUUUCUCUCAUUCGGAGAGAAUUGGGGCUAGCUCCAUUGGAAGCAGUGACUGCAUCUCAUUAAAACUCGUGACCGUUUGGGAAUCUGCUGGCAGAUCCUUGAUUAAGAAGUGGUAAUCAGUGCAAACUCGUGACACAGGUAAAAACAGGUAAGUUUUAUCUCUAUACAAUGUGAAUUAGUUGUGUACUCAGGUUAAGGUAAGUCAAUUUGUUUUAAACUAGGGGAUACAAUAGUUAGGGUAACUAAUUAUUCUGAGCUAUCUCUUAAUGCUGAGUCUGAUUUCCUCCUAGUCUCUGUCCCUUCCCACAUCCCUCUGAUUUCGUAUUCAAAUCUCUACUUACCGUCUCUUGGUGAUUCCUUCCCUGCUCGUUUCUGUGAACCUGGCCUAUUUAAUCCCUGCCGUCACUCACCCUCUUUCUCAUCCACCAUCAUUGCCUGCUCUCCCCUCCUAAAACUUCACCAUGGCGUUCAAUCCUCAGCUGUCCCUCAUGACUGCGAGAGCAUCAGUGUUCACCAACAAUAUUUGUCCUGAACCUCGGGAUUAUCCUCGGUACUUAUGCUAUUUCUGCCAUAGACGCCUCAUUCCUUUAUAUACG